UGGACCGUCCUCGGUGCUAGUGCGCCAUAUUGCCCCUAUCCUCCAUCUCACCAGACAUCGAGCAUGUUCGUCUCAAACCUUUUAUUGAAUAGAUAGUCACAAAGAGCCCAAACAAGCCAGCAUGGAGGCCGUGAAAGCCUUCAACAACGAGUUGUACUCGUUGAAUGAGUACAAGCCACCCAUCUCGAAGGCCAAGAUGACCCAAAUCACCAAGUCAGGCAUCAAAGCUAUUAAAUUCUACAAGCAUGUUGUCCAGAGUGUGGAAAAGUUCAUACAAAAGUGCAAAGCGGAAUACAAGGUGCCUGGGCUGUAUGUUAUCGACUCAAUUGUGAGGCAGUCACGUCACCAGUUUGGCACAGAGAAGGAUGUGUUUGCCCCACGCUUCAGCAAGAAUAUUAUCACUACAUUCCAGCACCUUUACCGUUGCCCCUCAGAUGACAAGAGUAAGAUAGUGCGGGUGCUGAAUUUGUGGCAAAAGAAUGCUGUUUUCAAGAGUGACAUCAUCCAGCCUUUGUUGGACAUGGCUGCAGGGAUUCCUCCUCCGAGCGUUACUCCUGUCAUGUCCAGCAGUGCUGGCCCCGUCAAUAACACAACACCUGGCACUCCAGCCACCCCAGCUACUCCGGCUAACAUCGUACAGGGACUGCCAGACUGGGCUUCCCAGAUCACCAACACAGACACUGUGGCAGCUGUGGCACAAAUCUUACAAAGUCCGCAGGGGCAACAGCUUCAACAGCUUGUCCAGAGCCUGCAAAUGCAGCAGCAAAAGCCUCAACCCUCACUACUCCAGGCCUUGGAUGCAGGUCUAGUUGUACAGCUGCAAGCUCUGACAGCUCAACUCACUGCAGCUGCAACUGCUAACACCCUCAACCCCCUUGAACAGAGGGUCUCCUCUUUUAACAAGAAACUUUUAGGGCAGUUUGACUUUAGGAAUGAGUCUGAGCGUAAUGAAGAAUCUAAGAAGGAAACGUCAUCCUCUCAACUGCCCAUGGUCUCCGAGCCUAUCAAUAGCUCAUUGUUCCACCAGCUUGCCGAGCAGCUGCAGCAGCAGAACCUGGAGCAGUUUCAGAAACAACUGCUAGAGCACCAGCAAAAGGCUCUGAGUAUAGAAGGACAAGACACUCUAUUUGCUCAAGAAAAAUCCGUUGCAACUACUCAGGGGACCAGUCAGCCACAGCUUCCUGAGCCCGAGAGCAAAAUAGACGACUCAAUAGACAACCAGCAACAGGACAUGGAUAUAGAUGAGGGGCCAGAUGGAAUGGAAGAAGAUGGCUUCGAGGCAGAGGAUAAAAAGACUGUUACCACUCGCUCCAGAACACGCUCAAGAUCACGUUCUCGGUCUCCCAAAAGGAGGAGGUCCAGGUCCCGCUCUGGCUCUCGCAAGCGCAGGCAUCGUAAGCGAUCGCGAUCACGCUCAAGAGAUCGCAAGAGGAAGACGUCACGAUCAUACUCGAGCGAAAGGCAAGCCCAAGAGCGUGAAAAGGAACGACAGAAGAAAGGGCUGCCCCCUAUACGAUCUAAGACUCUAAGUGUGUGCAGCACAACUCUUUGGGUUGGUCAGGUGGACAAAAAGGCUUCUCAACAAGACCUCACAAACCUGUUUGAAGAGUUUGGCCAAAUAGAGUCUAUUAAUAUGAUCGGUCCGAGAGGCUGUGCCUUCAUCUGUAUGGUUCACAGGCAGGAUGCGUACAGAGCACGCCAGAAGCUCAGCAAAGGUUCUUGCAAAAUUGGUUCCAAGGUCAUAAAGAUUGCUUGGGCCUUAAACAAAGGAGUAAGACAAGAGUACAAGCAGUUUUGGGACGUGGACCUUGGAGUCUCCUACAUACCAUGGGAGAAAGUUAAAUUGGAUGACUUGAAUAGCUUUGCUGAAGGAGGAAUCAUUGAUCAAGAGACCGUCAAUGAAGAGUGGGAGACAGCUAAAAAAUCUGAGUCAACCAAGGAUGUUUUAAGCCAACCACCAAGCACUGAGGCAACAACGGUGAACAGCCAGAGUGAAAGUUACAACCAGCAGGUCACCAUGAUGCCAGUGCAGUUACCUGUGCCCCAGGCUGUUCCUGGAGCCGUAGGCUUGUUGCCUCCCAACUUCCCUGUCAAUAUGAGCAUUCCUCCACCAGGUUAUGGGCCACCACCACCAUUUCUCAGACCCACCUUCAAUGCCUCACAACCACCUCCAGGUUUUCUGCAAGCAACACAGACUGCAGCUUUGGCCACUGCACCUCCUUCCCUAGUUCAACCCCCUGUGUCAACAAGCCAAGAAACGGUGAAGGAAGCACCAUUCAGUGCAAUGAUCCCAACAACCACUUCGAUGCCUGGUGGCUUCAUGUCCUCCACCAUCCCUGGAGCCAAUGUUUUUAAUGCGACUGGAGUUCAAAGUCAGCACUCGACUGACAAAAUGCCACCUUCUGCUAAGGGUUUGGAUGGGACACCUGAGCUCACGCUUCAGGGUAUGCAUAAUGCUGUUCGCAGUGGAAUGGGCCUCCUUGGAAUGCACCCCACAGCUGCCCUUGCCCAUCCACUUCACCAGCCUGGAAUGGCGGGCCAAAGAAUGCCUGGAAUGCUGCCACUUGACGUGCGUCCGAACGUCCUUCCACCUGUGGCUGGGGCUCGCUUCCCUCUUCUCCUGCAGCAGGGCCCUACCCAGCAGGCUGCUGGCCUUAUUGAUGGCUCUCUUCAGGCUCAAGCCCACGUCAGGCCCCCCUUCCCUCAACUAGACCCCUUUCAUAGGCCCCCUCACCAGGCCAAUGAUAACGUAUCCAAGAAAGAAGAGUCUUCUUCAGGGGCUGACGAGGGCAAAGACCAGGACUACCGCUUUCCCCCACCGGAGAAACAGAGUACAGGUCUCCUGAGAACACCUCCACCAGAGCAUCGGGCACUUGGUGGUGGUGGCACUGGAGGGGGCCGUGGAGGCGGCAGACCCCCAUUGCUGCAAACCCCAGGGACUCAGCCUGCCAGGGGCAGUCUCCUUGGACGUCUGCAGGCUCUUGCCGGCUUUACCCCUGACAAUCAGUGGAACCAGUCGAGGGGUGACUUCGAUGAACGAGAUGGCUUGGAUCGUCCCAACCCAGGGCACAGCUUCCCUAAUCGCUUCGAUAACCGUCCUGGAAACGCAGCUUCCCAAAAUGUCGGGGGGCCACAGCCGUGGAACCGUAGUGGCGGAGCAGCCAAGUUUGAUAGUGAUCUCGAUGAACGGAGAUCACAGUGGGACAGACAAAGAGACAGAGAUGAAAGAGAGUUUGACUUCCGGAGGGAAAUGAACGGAAAUCGUCCUACCCGUGAUAGGGACAGAGAGCGAGGACGAGACCGUGCCCGAGAGCAUGACAAAGACCGUGAUAAAGACCGAGAGCUGGAACGAGGCAAUUGGACGCCUGUGCUUCCUUUACCGACGCCUCUUCUUCCUACACCCCCUAUAAACCCCAAUCUAAAUCUGAACCAAGGAAAGCUCUUCUCUCCACUCAAAAUGAACACCCCCCUCCAGUCACGAUUCCGGUCUCCCCUGCUGUCUCAAACUCAGGCCAAAGUGCCCCUGUUAGGUCAGCAUCCGGCUCUGGUCCAGUCACCAGACACCAGAAAGGCCAGCCAAACAGCUUCGGUGGAACCAAAAAGAAACAUCGCCUCUUUGCCUGAGACCCCUUUGUCUCAGCCCCCACCUUUGGCCCAACCUGACAACAAGGUUCAGAGCCCACUGCCCAGCUCGCCCACUGAGGCCUGGUCAUUACCACAGCAAGAGACCUCACCGCUCCCGGAAUCAGUUGGCCAAGCGUCAGACGAGACGGCAAGGUCCUCAGACACUCCGAGCCAAUCCUCGCCCAUGGGCUUCACACAAGCUGUCAGCCCCCCUGAAGAGAUGAGACACUCUCAGGAGAAGAAACUAAGCCCGCAGAGUGAUACUGAGAUGUUCUUACAAGAGAAAGUCACCUCCCCUAAAGACCAGUGGCUCAAUGGAGCCGAGAUGGACAAAAGCACUGAGGUCGAACCCACCCCGGACGCUUCUCCGGAGCCCGUCGAGUUGGUGCUGCCUGAAAGCAAAGUCGUGCAGGAGCAGGCUGCGCCACCUCAGGAUGUAGACUUUGUACAGAGUGAGGCCGUGGAGGAAGCUGCGAGUGAGCCAGUGCUAGACACUGACACAGACACUGAGGGGACAUAAUCAUCACUCAGUAGGUAACAGAUCAUUUUGUACAGUUGUCUCUUCUUCUCUGUACUCAUGUCAGCAAAGCAUCACCCACCACACGGGACACGGCAAAUUCCAACUUAGAGAAAUCCCAGUGUACUUAAGUCAGCUAAGGAGCUCUCUAGUUAUCAUAGAAAAAUCUGGUUUGUAUUCUGUUUCCUUUUUAAGUUGUACUUCCACCACAUCAGAUUUUAUCAGUCAAAGCUUGUUGAAUUCUAUCCUUUCGAUUACCCAAAUGUUUUGUUUAUGAGGAGGAAUGUGCUUUGACCUUCCUAUGGAAGCGAAGAUGACAUCAUGGCUGUUCAGCAAGUGAAUUAAUACAAUUGCACACUACAGGGAGUCCUCGAGUUGCGACUGAGUUCUGUUCCUAUACUAGCUACGAAACCCGAAUUUCCUCGCACAUCUGAUUUCACUGUUAAAGUUGAAAUUUAUGUAAAAAUACACAUUAAAAAAGGAAAUACAUAAAAAAUAAAAAAAAAAAGAUUCUGUACUUACCAUUAUUGCUGACAGGAGGAUGGAGAGUUGGGGUUAUCAAUGGUCUAUUUUCAACUGGAAGCACGGAACUCGACUUUUGAAAAUGAAACCAAAAACGCCAACUUGUCCGGCCUUCCCUCUUCCUCCAGUCAGAAACUCGGUGCUUUUAGGGACAGCCCACAAAACACAGGACUCAAUACAUCAACGUUACGACCUGAAGCAAACACCCGAUUCGUUACGUUACUGUCCUUAUUUUUACGUGACGUGAACCGGAGGUGGUUUGACUGUUAGUGACGUAAGGGCUGUGUGAACACAAAACUGCAUUUUCGCGAAAAACGAGGCAUUGUCUCGGGACGUUUUAACUUUGAUCUGAACGCAGCAUAUAUUUACCCAUGUGCGUCGUGUCUGUCUCUGUUCUUUUUACUAUUUUUAAUAUUUCCGUGGUAAUUGCGAUUGUUUUGGUUGGACUCAGAAGACCCAGUUUUCUUUUUUGGGGCCAUAAUGUGAAAAAAGGAGGGUGAGAAAGAUGCAGCGCACAAACACCGACAAGCACUAUGCACUAGCUAAGCAUAAACUUUGGCGGACGAGACCCAAGCGUCGUAAAGACAAAAUGUAGGAUGAGGCCAUAGUAACCCGAGGACCCCCUGUACUUAAAAAUGGCUGUCGCUGGCUCAUGUUUGACACCUUUUAAAAUGCUGCUGCAACGAUUUUAGUGAAUGCUUUUAAGGUGUCCUGUGCUUAUUACACACACAAACACACACACAAACAUCUUAGCCAAACAAAUAACUACUUUUCAAAUUUGAACUAUUUGAAAUAAAACCAUGAACUUGUUGUGUCCCCAAGUAUAUGUAUGUAAUCUAUUUCUAACCAUACAAUGAAGCUGAGCAAACAAUAACAACAAGGGGAGGCGCAAAAUGAAUGGUGGGAUGUGCUGGAUGUCAGGUGCAUAAUGUUUUAGUGUGAAAUAAACAUUUGUCUCCUCAAA